UAAUCCCCUUUCUUGGCAGGCACCACGUCUGACAACGUGGGAGCUUGUCGCAGAGUCAUUGGCAUCCCUGUAAGGAUUUAAUAGCUUGUACAGGCAACAGGGAAGCAACACUCAAAUAUCAGACUGGGAAGCAGCACCACCGAAGAGGAUUAGAGAAGUGCUGAGGCAAGGAAAUCUUUCUGAAUCCAUCCAGGAAACAAAGGACUCAAGAUGUUGAAAAAGUCAAAAGUGACGGAGGAGACAGGCACUGGCCAAGGUCCUGAUGAAGACAAUGGUAAAGAAGUGGGGAUCAAGAAAAAGUCCAAGGUCCCCGGGGUGAUGAUUACACAGUAUAUUGAGACGCUGCCAGAAGGAAAGAGCCAUCCAGACUUCACCCGCAAGCCGAUUGCUUUGACCAUCCAAGAGGGUAAAUUUGCUUUCUUCAAAGCCAUUGUCACUGGUGAUCCAACGCCGAACGUGACAUGGAGCAGAAAUAAUGGAGAAGUGUCUGAUACGUCGAGAUACCAGUCCAAAUACGAUCCCAACUCCAAUGAGCAUACAUUUGAGAUGCCAAAUGUCAUGCCGGAUCAAGCUGAUACCUAUAAAUGCUCUGCCAUUAAUGAAUUCGGACAAGCCAUUGUCACGGUUGUUUUAAAUGUCAUUGAAGUUGGCUUCAAAAAGAACAAAGUCCAGAAACCGGCAGCUGAAACCAUGGAUGGGGAUUUUAAAACUGUUCUAAAAAGGAAAAGCAAGAUCCGCCCCAAAUCUGAACAACCGGAGAGAAAAGACGGAGAGAUAGAUCCUAAAUUCUGGGAGAUUUUACUCAGCUCUGAUAAGAAGGACUACGAGAAAGUGUGUGCAGAGUUUGGAGUAACAGACUUUCGCUGGAUGCUCAAGAAACUGAAUGAAAUGAAAAAGGAGCGGGAGGAAGAACAAGCAGAGUUUGUCAAGAGCAUUUCUAACCUGAAACCUAUUCAGGUCAAUGCAGAUGGAACUGCAUCCUUUGAGCUCGACAUGGACCUCAUUGAACAGAGCAGUUCUAUUUUCUUGUACAAGGAUGGUGAAAUGAUUCCCUAUACAAAGGAGCUGGGAGAUAAGAUGAAGCACAGCCUUAAACAUACAGGAAAAAAGUAUGUUUUCAGUAUGAGGGACCUUUUGCCAGAAGAUGCUGGACUGUACCAGCUGGAUGUAGAGGGUGUGAAUAUGUUUUCCACGGAUUUCAAAAUCCCCAUGGUGGAUUUCUUGGUGAAGCUUCAGGAAGUGACUGCAGUAGAGAGACAGGAUGCAGUAUUUGAGUGUGUCCUAUCAAACCCCUUUUCCAAAAUUUUGUGGUUUGGCAAGAACCUUCCACUGGAACAAGGAGAUAAAUAUGAUAUUGAGGUUUCGGAAGACAAACUCAUUCAUAGGCUGGUGGUCAAAGACUGUAUGGUUGUAGACAAAGGAAUUUAUUCUGCCUGUGCAGGGAUAAAAUCGUGCAACGCAUGGCUUAUUGUUGAAGCUGAUAAAGAUGCGCAAAAAGGAAAAAAGUCAGCAAGGAAAACAACUAGAGCAGGAGGAUCGGGGGUGGAUUUGCAGAAAAUUGCUGAGGAGCAACAAGAAAAAUUACAGAAGCAGAGAGAGGAAAUCAAAGAACAGAUUAAAGCUGUAAAAGAAACUGCAGCAGCUGCAGCGCAGGCUGAGUCACCUCCAGCACCCAGCAAGGCUAAACCAGCAAAAGCCCCCGAUUCAGGAAUGGACUCUUCUGCUCUGGAUGUCAAAGGCACUGGUGAUUCUGACAAAACGUCAUCACCCCCACCAGCAGCAUCUGCAUCAGCUGAAGUCUCGGGAAUUGGAACGGAAGAUGGUGAUCAGACAUUUGCAGAUGAGCCCAAAAUUACCUGCGGACUCUCUGAUAUUUACGCUCUUCGUGGAAAUCCAGCUGAAUUAAGUGUGAACAUGAACGUGGACUGUGAGGGCACCUGGUUCAAAGAUGGAGAGCAGCUAAAUUCAGGUGCUGGGGUCUCCAUAACCAAAAGUGGAAGUUGUCAUAAGCUGACAAUUCCAAGAUGCACAGAUGACAACACUGGAAUUUACAAAUUCAUAUCAGGGGACCUGAGUACCCAAGGAAAGGUCACUGUUGGAGAUGUACCUGAAUUUGACCCAGACGAUCUUCACAAGUUCUCCAAACCUGUGAUAGUGAGAGUAGGCCAGAACGCUGCUUUCAAGAUGCCCUUUCCGCCCCAGGAGUCGCUGGUGGUCAGCUGGUUUAAGGAUGGCACGGAGCUCAAAGACGGAGGAGGAGUCAAGAUCGGCAGGGAGCCCAAUCACAGCCGGCUGUUGCUCAGAGACUGCCUGCGGACAGACGCAGGGGAAAUAAAGAUCCAACUCAAAAACCCAUUUGGGGCCAUAGAGGCCACAUCCCAGCUUAUUGUGCUUGAUCGUCCGGGUCCACCGCAGGGUCCAGUGGAGACCGUUGAAACCACCUCAUCAAUAAUUGAGAUUAAAUGGAACCCUCCCAAAGACGACGGCGGCUCCGCUGUAACUAACUACAUCAUAGAGCGGCUGCAGUGUGGACAGUGUUUGUGGACCAAACUGGGAGACGUCUCAUCUGACAGGACCACCUUCAGAGACCGGAAUGUGACUCAUGGAAAGAAAUACAACUACCGCAUAUACGCAGAAAACCCAGAGGGCACCAGUGACUCCUUGGAGACGGCAGAUAGUAUUAUGGCUGGCGUAAUGAUCCUCGCCGGUCCACCUGGUGCCCCGACUGUGGUGAGCGCCUCAAAGACCUGUAUUAAACUGAGCUGGACACCCCCAGAGGACGACAGGGGAGUUCCCAUCAUUGGUUACCAAAUAGAGAAACGCAAGAAGGACACAAAUCUAUGGGUUGCCCUAAAUGCACUUCAUGAGCCUAUAGAAGCUGUGAACUACGCAGUCAAAGAUGUCACUGAGGGAGCAGAGUAUGAGUUCAGGGUUUCAGCCAUCAAUGAAUCAGGAGCUGGAGAUGCCAGCCCUCCAUCUGCAAUGGUGUGUGCAAAGAAUCCCAACAUGAGACCUUGUUUUAAGGACCCAGAAGACUUCAUUGUUAUCAGAGCAGGAAAUUCUGCUCGGGUCAAAAUUUGCUACGAGGCUGAACCACCGCCUCAGAUAACAUGGCUGAAGGAUGAUGAGCCACUAUCUCCGUGGAUUCAAAUCAUCAAUACGGAGGGAAUGUCUCAGCUCGUUAUUCCCUCAUCUAAGCGAUCAGAUUCUGCGAUCUAUACCAUUAAAGCCAAAAACUCUGUGGGGGAGGCUUCAUUCGACAUUGAGGUUAGAGUCACAGAUGAACCCAAGACUCCGGGGCCAGUAGUGCUAGAACAAACGGUCCACGGCAAAGUGGAGAUUUCCUGGGCUCCCUCUCCCGACGAGGAGCUUGACGACCGCCUGCACUACAUGGUUUCCCAACACAACUCAGACACCAGAGUAUGGAAGACUGUGGCAGACAGACUCUUCACCAACACGUACACCGUCAACAACAUCCUUCCUGGGAUAGAGUACCACUUCCGAAUCUACGCCAAGAACGAUAUGGGUCUCUCGGAUCCAUCUCAGUCGCCCACAUGGGGCGUCAACAGCAACAGAGUUCAAGUAAGUUCAAGUGGCGCUAACUCAACAGAUGUCUGCUUUGAGAGGCCUCCAUCCAUCUUGGUCCCUUUGAAAGUUCACACGCCACCUAAAGGUUACCAGGUCUACAUGACGUGUGCCGUCCGAGGAUGCCCUACGCCCACCGUAUCCUGGUACCUGAAUGACGUGUGCAUCAACUCGGACAGUAACUACUACAUCACCAACUCUUUCGGCGUGUGCUCCAUCUAUAUUCUAAGAGUCCGACCAAAGGACAGCGGCGAGUAUAAGGUUGUAGCAGUCAACUCUUUUGGCAAGGCAGAGUGCUCUACCAUAGUUACUGUUAGAGAUUAAAAUAAAAGAAGCAUUUGAGGAGCGUAUCCUCACAUUGAGAUGUUGGGGAAAUAUUUUGGUUGAUUUCAUUAACCAAACUGCAUGCUAUUACUGCUGGUAAAAGUGCCUUAUUUAAUGUAUUCAAUGUAAUUUUAAACUGCCAUC